AUGCCCUUCAUCACUCUCAACCAAAAAUCAAUCUUCUACACCCUAACCCCGCAAACUGGAAAUCUCCAAAACCCGGUAACCACACUCUUCAUCCACGGGCUGGGUUCCUCGUCUACAUUUUACCAUACGGUUAUUCCCUCCCUCUCUGGCGUCUCAACGUGCAUUGCUCUCGACACGCCCGGAUCCGGUUUAUCUUCUCUAAGCGAUUCGAAUUCGCCACAAACUGUAGCGUCGAUUGUCGAUGAUGCAAUUGCACUUCUCGAUGCACUUUCCGAAACAGCGGUUAAGGGAAAAGUCUGGGUGGUGGGCCACUCAAUGGGUGGGAUUAUUGCGUGUGAACUUGCUGUUCGAUACGCACAAAGAGUUGAAGGGUUGGUUUUGAUAGGACCUGUGGUGCCAAGUCCAGUUUUAACGGAGGUUUUUGGGAAGAGGAUUGAAACGGUCAGGAAAGAUGGACUUGAACCGCUGGCCAAUUCGAUACCAGAGGCUGCAACAGGUACUCAAGCUACGUCUACCCAGAAAGCUUUUAUUAGGAGUUUGAUUCUCGGGACUAGUACCCAGGGCUACAUGUCAUCAUGUGGAGUUAUUGCUUCGGCUAGUAGACCUGAUUAUGCUAAAAUCGACGUACCGAUGAUGAUUCUCGCUGGUAGUGAAGAUAAGACGGCUUCUUAUGAGGGGUGUAAAAUGAUUCAUGAUGAAGCGGGUGUGAGUGCACAGAAGAAAUGUGUUAGGGUUCUUCCAGGGGUGGGCCAUUGGCAUGCUAUUGAGGCGCCGGAAUCUGUGGCAAAGGAGGUUAAGGAAUUUGUUGAUAGUAUCAAUAAUUAA